AUGACGCCGACGGUGCCGUGCCUCCCGCCCUCUCUACUCGCGUACAUCCUGGAGUUCGCUCUCCCGAGCUUCACCCAGAGUCUGGCCCCACAACCCCGCAUGCUCGCAUCCGUUCGAAGUCUGGUAGCCGACUAUCGAUCUGCCACAUUCUGCUUAAACGCGGCCGAUUUAGAAUUGAUGGAGCAAUUCCCGACCCAAGAGGCCUCAAUUCGAGAUUUUCGCGUCCAAUUCAAGAGGAAAAACUAUCAUUUCCAGGCUCGGAGGAAGUUGGAAACUCCGACUAUCAGUUGGAAUAUCGUUCUGGGAAAUAUGACGAGGCUGAAGAAACUGGAUCUGGGUAGCAUGCCGCCACUGUGCCAGUGUAUUCCUGAAAUACUCGAGGCUGCGUCAACGCAUUGCCUCUUUCUGGAAUUCCUGGUCUUGCCAGAACCGAGUGAACUUGAUAGAAACCUCAUCAAUCUAACGGAUGAAAGUCUCGAUGUGGAGGACUUUGUGCCGCAAGUGGUUCAAGCUCUGGGGAGAUGGCACUCGAAGGGGUAUUGCGGGGCAUUGAAGCAGCUGACCGUUCCGAUUCAUCCAGGGGAGGGUCUUUGUCGUCGCAGCACGGAGCUUCUUGAGGGGAUAGCGAAGUACCGCCCGAGAGUCGAGUACUUGGAUUCGUGUGAUGACACUGACUAUGAAUCGAACGCGCAGUAUGUGUGGCCUAUUUCUUUGAAGACGUGGGAGACGUUCAAUGCGUCCUGUACUGCUUUGAGGCAGUUUAAUUUCGCUCUCGCUCCGUUCGCUGACCCGUUCUUCCGCGUCUUUGGAGAGCACGUGAAGUCUAAAUUCAAGAGUUUAUCGCUCUCGGCGAACGCGACGUGGGAUUACGAAGAUUAUUUGCGGGAUAUUGGUGGUUUGGAUCAAAAUUCUACGCGACUAGGCUACGGUGCACUUGCCACGUCCCCCAGCUUCGCGCUUAUGGGAUGUCCAGCUUUGACAACACUGUACGUCCAGAUAGACUUCCAUCGCAACGAAAAUCCAGACUUUCCAGGGCGAUACGUGAACGCCGAUGUGUAUGGAGGCACGUCCUGGGAGACUGUGGCCGAGUACUGCCCGCGGCUGGAGUCGAUCGAGAUGAACGACACUUCCACUGGCAGAAACUUCAAAGUCUUGUCCAUCGAGACGUUAACAGGUCGCACACUUUUGGCUCUGGCGGGUCUCAAGAGGCUGUCUGCGGUGGAACUCGCUCAUGCUCGGUUGACUGGUAAGGAUAUCUUCGAGUAUAUUCGAUACGUGUCAAAGGUGGAGGAUAUCAUUGGCAAGCAGCGAGUUAUCCACCUUAAAGUUGGGGGACACGUGCGCAUGGAAUUUUCGAUGCCAUCUUUCUAUUCGGAGAUUCUGUCGCUUUUGAUCUUGCUCUCUCAGGAGAGCGAGGAGUUUCUCGGCGGGUAUUUGACCGAACAACUGAGUGGCGCGCUGGAGGCGGUGAAAGCAGCUCAUCCGUCGUUGGGAGUGGCGGUGCAUAUCCAGGGACGCGAUGGAGACGAAUUCAGCCGAAUUGAGAGGGUUACUCUCGAUUGGGGUCAUGCUCACCAACGCGAAUUCUUUAAUAUGGUGGAAGAUGAAGAGGAUCGUGGCAUGUACGUCGAGGCCAGCAUAUUCGAGGUGAACAGUGGCAAUGAAAGCGACGAAAGCGACGAAAGCGACGAAAGCGACGAAAGCGAUGACGAUGAUUGA